AUGGAGGAAGAAAGAGAGGAGGAAACUUCGUGGGCUAGACUUCAAGGGUCCAGACUUCGAGGGUCCAGACUUCGAGGUCCAGACUUCGAGGUCCAGACUUCGAGGUCUAGACUUCGAGGGUCCAGACUUCGAGGUCCAGACUUCGAGGUCCAGACUUCGAGGUCCAGACUUCGAGGGUCCAGACUUCGAGGUUCAGACUUCGAGGUCCAGACUUCGAGGUCCAGACUUCGAGGUCCAGACUUCGAGGGUCCAGACUUCGAAGUCCAGACUUCGAGGGUCCAGACUUCGAGGUUCAGACUUCGAGGCCCAGACUUCGAGGUCCAGACUUCAGGGGUCCAGACUUCGAGGGUUCAGACUUCGAGGUCCAGACUUCGAGGUCCAGACUUCGAGGUCCAGACUUCGAGGUCCAGACUUCGAGGGCCAGACUUCGAGGUCCAGACUUCGAGGGGUCCAGACUUCGAGGGUCCAGACUUCGAGGUCCAGACUUCGAGGUCCAGACUUCGAGGGUCCAGACUUCGAGGGUCCAGACUUCGAGGGUUCAGACCAGACUUCGGGUUCAGACUUCGAGGGUCCAGACUUCGAGGUCCAGACUUCGAGGUCCAGACUUCGAGGGUCCAGACUUCGAGGUCCAGACUUCGAGGUCCAGACUUCGAAGUCCAGACUUCGAGGUCCAGACUUCGAGGUCCAGACUUCGAGGGUUCAGACUUCGAGGGUCCAGACUUCGAGGUCCAGACUUCGAGGUCCAGACUUCGAGGGUUCAGACUUCGAGGUCCAGACUUCGAGGUCCAGACUUCGAGGGUCCAGACUUCGAGGUCCAGACUUCGAGGGGUCCAGACUUCGAGGGUCCAGACUUCGAGGUUCAGACUUCGAGGGUUCAGACUUCGAGGUCCAGACUUCGAGGUUCAGACUUCGAGGGUCCAGACUUCGAGGUCCAGACUUCGAGGUUCAGACUUCGAGGGUCCAGACUUCGAGGUCCAGACUUCGAGGUUCAGACUUCGAGGUCCAGACUUCGAAGUCCAGACUUCGAGGUCCAGACUUCGAGGUCCAGACUUCGAGGGUCCAGACUUCGAGGUUCAGACUUCGAGUCCAGGUCGAGGUUCAGACUUCGAGGGUCCACUUCGAGGUCCAGACUUCGAGGUUCAGACUUCGAGGGUCCAGAUUUCGAGGUCCAGACUUCGAGGUUCAGACUUCGAGGUCCAGACUUCGAAGUCCAGACUUCGAGGUCCAGACUUCGAGGUCCAGACUUCGAGGGUCCAGACUUCGAGGGUUCAGACUUCGAAGUCCAGACUUCGAGGGUCAAGACUUCGAGGGUCCAGACUUCGAGGUCCAGACUUCGAGGUCCAGACUUCGAGGGUUCAGACUUCGAGGGUCCAGACUUCGAGGUCCAGACUUCGAGGGUCCAGACUUCGAGGUCCAGACUUCGAGGGGUCCAGACUUCGAGGGUCCAGACUUCGAGGUCCAGACUUCGAGGUCCAGACUUCGAGGGGUCCAGACUUCGAGGGUCCAGACUUCGAGGGUCCAGACUUCGAGGGUCCAGACUUCGAGGGUCCAGACUUCGAGGUCCAGACUUCGAGGGGUCCAGACUUCGAGGGUCCAGACUUCGAGGUCCAGACUUCGAGGUCCAGACUUCGAGGGUCCAGACUUCGAGGUCCAGACUUCGAGGGGUCCAGACUUCGAGGGUCCAGACUUCGAGGUCCAGACUUCGAGGGUCCAGACUUCGAGGUCCAGACUUCGAGGUCCAGACUUCGAGGUCCAGAUUUCGGGGGUCUAGACUUCGAGGUCCAGACUUCGAGGUCCAGCCUUCGAGGUCCAGACUUCAGGGGUCCAGACUUCGAGGUCCAGACUUCGAGGCGAUUCUUUUUGUCAAAUCUGGCCCUAUUUAAGAUGUGGAUUGAGAAGCCUCCCACUGUUAACUACCAGCUUCCGUUUGAAGAUCUCUAUUUGAGUUUUCCAGCUUCCACUGAAGUCCUCUCCCUCUACUUCCUCUCACUUUAUAGAGACUCUCCAUCUAAAGAUGGUGGAGUCUGA